AUGACUAACACGAAUCAAACUGCAGCGGCUGUUGCUAACGGCGUUCGGUCCUCUCCUUCUCCUAACAUCCCCAAUGGAAAACCUGCGUCUCCUUAUCUCAAAGAAGCCACACCCGUCGGAACAAGCCCAAGUCCUGCACAGACUGUCAGCUCAAAAGACCCCAAGGCCGCCGCCGCUGCAGCAAAUGACAUGCGCAAUGUGGUGAGACGAAAGUUGACGGGCUAUGUUGGCUUUGCCAAUCUACCGAACCAAUGGCACCGAAAGAGUGUCAGAAAAGGCUUCAACUUCAACGUAAUGAUUGUCGGAGAGUCUGGGCUGGGCAAGUCUACACUGGUUAACACCCUGUUCAACACAUCGCUCUACCCACCACGCGAACGUAAAGGCCCGAGUCUGGAUAUCAUCCCAAAGACGGUCGCCAUCCAGUCGAUCAGCGCCGACAUUGAAGAGAAUGGUGUCCGCCUGCGUUUGACCGUGGUUGAUACCCCCGGAUUCGGAGAUUUCGUCAACAACGACGACUCAUGGCGCCCAAUCGUGGAGAACAUCGAACAACGAUAUGAUGCAUAUCUAGAGGCGGAGAACAAGGUUAACCGCAUGAACAUUGUUGACAAUAGAGUGCACGCUUGCGUCUAUUUCAUUCAACCCACCGGCCACUCUCUGAAGCCGUUGGACAUAGAAGUCAUGCGCCGUCUUCACACCAAGGUCAACCUGAUCCCUGUCAUCGCGAAGGCCGACACGUUGACAGAUGAGGAAGUGGCCUCUUUCAAACAGAGGAUUCUUGCCGACAUUGCGCAUCACUCCAUCCAAAUCUUCGAAGGCCCUCGGUACGAAUUGGACGACGAAGAAACCAUCGCCGAGAACCAAGAGAUCAUGUCAAAGGUGCCAUUUGCCGUGGUCGGUGCCAACUACGAGGUGACCAACCCUGAAGGCCGCAAGGUCCGCGGUCGCCGCUAUCCGUGGGGUAUCAUCGAAGUGGACAACGAGGAACACUGUGAUUUCGUGAAAUUGCGACAAAUGCUGAUUCGAACACAUAUGGAAGAGCUGAAGGAGCAUACAAACAACAUACUGUAUGAGAACUACCGCUCCGACAAGCUCAUUCAAAUGGGAGUUUCACAGGACCCCAGCGUGUUCAAGGAGGUGAACCCGGCCGUGAAGCAAGAAGAAGAGCGCACCCUCCACGAGCAGAAACUCGCCAAGAUGGAGGCGGAAAUGAAGAUGGUGUUCCAGCAGAAGGUCCAGGAGAAGGAGAGCAAACUGCAACAGAGUGAGGAGGAACUCUUCGCCCGUCAUCGCGAAAUGAAAGAACAACUGGAACGACAGCGAGCAGAGCUGGAGGAGAAGAAGAUACGCAUUGAACAAGGCAGGCCGGUCGAGAAGGAGGGCAAGAGAAAGGGCUUCUCACUCCGAUAA